AGAAAAGAAAUCAUCAUCAAAAGGAUGGAGGAGGAGAAGACGACGACGACGACGACGAAUACGGAGAUGAACGAGAAUCUGAUCACAUCCUUCGUCGAGAUCACGUCUUCGACAAGAGAAGAAGCUUCUUUCUUCCUCGAAAGUCACCGUUGGGAUCUUGACGCCGCCGUCUCCGCCUUCCUCGACAGCGACGCCGCCGAUUUACCAGCUGUUCCAAACCCUAAUUUACCUCCUCCUUCGAUUCCCGCUGCUGAACCCUCUCCAGAGAAUCAGGAAGCUGAGAAUCCUUCGGGGAGCAGGAAUACUAUGAGCCGUGGGAACAUCCGCACGUUCGCCGAUCUAAACAGUUCUCCGGCUGGUGGUGGCGGUAGUGACUCUGACGAAGGCCAAGAGUACUAUACCGGCGGACAGAAGAGUGGGAUGAUGGUUCAAGAUCCUAACAAGGCAAAAGACGUUGACGCGCUCUUUGAGCGAGCUAGGCUGUCUGCUGUAGACAGACCUGUUGAACCGUCGAGGUCAGCUUCUACAAGCUUCACUGGAGCUUCUCGGAUGUUGUCUGGCGAACCUGUUCCCUCUGCUCCUCCUCCGCAGCAGCAGCAGCAAGACCAGCCUCAGGUGGUUAUGCACACCAUCACUUUCUGGAGGAACGGUUUCACUGUUGAUGAUGGUCCUUUGAGGAGGUUUGAUGACCCUCAAAACGCAGCCUUUAUGGAGAGCAUUGUGAAAUCAGAGUGCCCUCGUGAACUUGAACCAGUAGAUAGGAAGAUACGUGUUCAUGUUGGUCUCGUCAGGCGUGAAGACAAUUACACUGAACCACCAAAGCCCAAAAACCCAUUCCAAGGUGUAGGAAGAACCUUAGGAGCCAGCGGAUCAGGCUCUGCAGCAGAAGCACAAGCUCCACCCGCACAAAUGAACACAGCACGAGGACCAGCAAGAGGACUUGUUGUAGACCAAGCAGUACCUACAACUUCGGUCCAGCUCAGAUUGGCUGAUGGUACACGCCUUGUAUCCAGGUUCAACAACCACCACACAGUUAGAGACGUGCGUGGGUUCAUCGACGCUUCAAGACCCGGUGGCUCGAGGGAGUAUCAGUUACUGACCAUGGGGUUCCCUCCUAAACAAUUGUCAGACUUGGACCUAACCAUUGAGCAGGCUGGUAUAGCCAACUCCGUCGUCAUCCAGAAACUCUAGCUUUAUUCUGAUUUAAAAUUACAUUUGCUUUUUCUUUUAAUUUUUGAUAACUCUUAUCAUUCAUUCAUCUAUUUGGUCAACGCUAGGAUUUGGAAUUUGGAUCCUUUGAGAGAAUCAUCAAAUAUUUUUUUUGUUUUA